ACUUGAUUUUGCUACUAACGCAUUUUCAGGCGAGAGGACAAGGUCUGUUUGCAGCGUUGUUUUUACCUAACAUCCGUUGCUCCUUGUUGGACCUAUGUAUGGGUCAGAUGCAGGACCUUCUUCUCUCUUGGUGCCUCCCUCUCCUCCAGGGCAUGGCCGCCCAAGGGCCUUACGUGGGUCCUUGGCAUCACAGCACUACCCUGAUAUAGGAAGCCUCGCUGCUGUGCACGGGCCUGCGAUUUCCAUGCGCUUGGUGCCUCCAACAACCAAUGCAAUGGGAAUGUAUACACUACGCCAGCUGCACCUGAGCCGUGCCAAGCUUAAGGCUUCAAGUCGAACUUCUGCUCUUCUCUCAGGAUUUGCAAUGGUUGCCAUGGUUGAGGUUCAGCUGACCCAUCAUUGCAGAGACAAGGAACCCCAGCAGGCUCACCUGUGUAGCAAUGUUCCUAAUGUUCUUCUGAUUGCCUUCAGCGUGUGCACAACAUUGCUGGUAGCAGUGCACUUGCUAGCUCUUAUGAUCUCUACUUGUGUACUGCCACAUAUAGAAGCUGUUGCCAAUAUGGCACAUGUUGAUUCCAUGACCAACCUGAACGGUGCCACUGCAGAUAUAUCUGAGUCGCCACACCUUACAAUGCAUAGGUACAUCGAGGCUGCUUGGAGCUUUUCAACUGUUUUGGGUAUCUUACUGUUUCUUGUGGAGAUUGGUCUUCUGAGUUGGGUGAAGUUCUUGGACUACUCCAGAAGUGCUGCAGUUGGAUCAACAAUUUUGCUGGUGCCAACUGUCCUGUUGUUCACUCUGUUUGCUCUCCAUUUUUACUGGAAGUUAGUUGCCCACAAGGUGGAAAGUGCCGAUAAGAAUCUGCAGGAGAUUGAGGCGCAGCUGAGGGUGCUGCAACAGAGAACAAGUGACAGUCACCCAAAUGGUGGAAAUUCUUCCAUUCAAAUUGUGUAAGUGCCUUGCUUUAAAGGGGUUGGGGUUGUAAUUCUUCCAGGAGAAAAAGUAAAUGGUAUUACCAACUUCUUUAUGAUCAGUAUGUGAUAUUAAGAUAUUAAUCCCCUUCAAGCACCAUUUAUUAGCGUUUUAUUUGCUGUGAGAAUAGUUGCAAUUAAUAAAUAGUUUGUCAUAGAUGCUUAUAAUGUAAAUAUGGUGCAUUGUAAAUUAUUACAUUUACGAAAUAAAAUUAAUAUGAAUGUUCAUACAUUACUUUUGUACACAAACCAUGAUAUUUGAAAUUGGAUGGUAGAACUUUAAAAAGCUGCAAAUUUGGUAAGUUUGCUUGAUUCUCAUGGGUGCUAUGACAUUAAGUUCAAUACAGUUGGUUUGAACACAUCAUGAACACAAAAAAUGUUGAGAGAAUUGGCAAAUUGACUCAUCCAUAUAUUGCAUUCUUGUUCCUGACUAUUUUGUCAGUAUUCUUGCACAUACCAGAAGGUCCGGAAUAUAAAUUUUUUAAUGCAAUAAUUAGACCAGUUUUAAAGCUUGAGUUUGAGGGAGGGCGAUUUUUUGUUUCGUUUAAAUAGAUGUGAAAGCAAAGAUACUUUUAUAUUUUACUUUAUAAAUGGAUAUAGCAUUUAUUUAUUGUGAUUUGUAGGUUCAUUUGUUUAUUUAUUAAAUUUCUGUAUGUUAUGAAGUACUCUACUAUACUUGAACUUAUUUAUCCAUAAUUUAUGAAUUGACAAAAUCCCUGAAAAAUUAAGCAAAAAUUUACAUGCAUAUUUUAUGAAUAGGAUAUAGUUUUUUUUUUAAAUUGCAAUAAUGUAGAUUUUAAUGUCUGAGAUGCAUUAUGACACUUCAGUGUCCUAAUACAUUUACUCAAAAAGAGAAGUCUUGCAAGUUGCGUUUGUUAAUAUACAGGCAGCUGUACGCUAGGCAUUGAAUUUUUUUUUUUUUUUUUUUUUUUGCUGAAUCUCAAUCUGUGAACGCUGUUGCAUUUAUUAAACAGUUUUGGGUGAAAUGCAUCGUUAUUGCAUGUCAGGAAGUUUUGGUCAUAUUUAUAUAUACAGGAUGUGCAUUUUUGUAUACUGUUCGUGUCUAAUAUUUUUCUGUGUGAAUGGGCAAUUUCCUAUGUAUUACUGGUACUUAAAAAGUUUGUUACAUCAUGGAUAUAUAUUGUUUAGUCCUGUAGAAGAUUAUCAGAUGGCCUAGAAUUUUUAUUUUUUAUUUUUCUAUACCUGAUAAAUUGUAUAGAGAAUUUUCUUUAUUAUUUUUCUAUACCUGAUAAAUUGUAUACCUUUAUCACACUGUAAUCAAGUAAUGUCUCGUUUUAUACAAAUAAAUAUUAAUAACUUCAUAAA